AUGAGGACGUUGUUCGCGGCUCAUCCUGUGUCGCUAGUGCUCGUAUUCACGGUCACUGUCAUUGGCGGCAAUUACACAGAUAUCAAUCUGCCGCACGCGCACGUCAAAUAUUAUUUUAACUCUUUUCCCAUGGAAGCAGAAAAAUGCCGCAAUGACGCGGCCUGUCCUUAUAAGGACAAUCUCGACACAGAAGCCUGUUGGGGCUACGAGCAAGGCUGCAAAAUGGAAAAUUCUUUUUCUAUUCCACACUGUCCAGGAGAUCACAAAGGAUGGGUCGCUACAAAAAAAGCACAAUUAGAUACGUAUUACGCACAAGGUGAUUUCGGAUACGUGCGCGACCAAAGGAAAGAGAUGAUGUUAUUAUGCGAGCCAUUAUUCGUGGACGAUUCAUCCUUGGAAUGUUCAGAGCAUAUGAGGUUUUGCAGAGCGAGAAAUGUAAUGCUAAAUUUCACGGAUUUGCUGAAUCGCAAGGAACCUAUACGAUAUAAAAUGGACGUUUUAAAAGAAGGACAAAUUGGCGGCUAUUGCACGCUGAACGAAAGGAGAAUGCAGGAAAAUGCAAACCAUUUGAGCCCCUUGCAAUCCUGGGGACCAGAAUUACGAAAUUUUCGAAAAUUGCAUCGUCGGCCAAUCAUUCACGGUGAUUGCGAUAUUGUCAUAGAAAAACCGACCUUCAUUAUGAAGAUAGAUGCCAUAUUAAAUAUGUAUCAUCAUUUUUGUGAUUUCUUCAACCUGUACGCAUCAUUGCACGUGAAUCUCUCGCACCCAUCCGUCUUCGACACAGAUACUCAUAUAAUGAUAUGGGAAAGUUAUAGUUACCGAUCAGCAUUCCAAGAUACUUUCGAAGCAUUCACAAGAAAUCCAUUGUGGGAUCUAAAAACAUUUAGAGGCAAGACAGUAUGUUUCAAGAAUGUGGUGUUUCCCUUAUUGCCACGAAUGAUAUUUGGAUUGUAUUACAAUACUCCGUUAAUAUAUGGCUGUGAAAAAUCCGGAUUAUUCAAAGCUUUCAGCGAUCAUAUUCUACAUCGACUUCAAAUACCUCUUCAUCAAAGGAACGAUCGCAAAAUCCGCGUCACAUUGCUAAGUAGAGAAACUCAAUACAGAAAAAUCUUAAACGAAAACGAAUUAGUAAAAGCUUUGAAAGAGAACCCGGAAUAUAAAGUCAAAAAGGUAGUAUACAAUAAAAAUGUGCCAUUUAAAAAACAGCUGGAAAUCACUAGAAAUUCUGACAUUUUUAUUGGCAUUCAUGGGGCCGGAUUGACGCAUUUAAUGUUUCUACCCGAUUGGGCAGCGGUAUUUGAAAUAUAUAAUUGCGAAGAUCCUAAUUGUUACAAGGAUCUUGCACGAUUGAGAGGCGUGAAAUAUUUUACAUGGGAAGAUACAUUAAAAUUAGUACAGCAGGAUCCAGGAACGCAUCCCGACGGUGGAGCUCAUGCUAAAUUUACAAACUAUAGUUUUGAUGUUAAAGAAUUCCUGAGAAUCGUAUCGCUUGCAAGAAAUCACGUAAAACGCCAUAACGCGUUUAACAAGUUUAUCAAUAAUUUUCACAGUAAAAUACAAAAUAAUACUAAGACGAUGGAUAAUAAAGAAUCGAUACAGUCUACUAACGCAAAAGAAUCGAUUCGGUUGCAAGAAAAGUCGAACAUAUUAUCCAAAGACGAAUUGUGAACAAAAUUUAGGUACUAAAUUUAAAAAAUUUAAGUAUGUUAAUAAAACAGGUUGAGUGAUGUGAUCUGAAAUGCAGUAAAUCAUUUGUUAUUGAACAAAUCUUUUUACUUAUUUUUUUAUAUUAAUGUACAUUUUAAUAAAUAAAUGUGUGAU